AUGCACUCGUCAGUCCGAGAAAUCCUCAUCUCAUCCGAGCCGGACUCCCCCUACUUCCUCCGCGUGGACGGGAGCGGUUGGGACACUGCGUCCGGCUUCCGGCUGCUGCUAAGCGACGGACGCCACGCGUGGAGAGGUGAAGCGAGCGAGGCCUCUGUGUGCCAGGAGGCGGCGGAACUAGAGAUGCCCGAAGACAAGUACAUUCAGGACCUACGGGAGGCGCUCACAGGGGAGGGUAGCCCGGCCUCUUACCGCUUGACAUUGUUGCCGUCACCACCCGACGGCGGCGCCGAGCUCACGCUGACCUACCACAAAGUCCAGAAGGACAUCUCGUUCAGGUUGGGCUCGGUGAUGCUGAACCCCGUUCCGGAGCCGCGGGAGGCCGUGAGAGCUUUGCUGACUUACAGUCUGGAGAGAGGAACCUCUCUGGAGCGCCAUAACCAGGAGCUCCGGGAGCAGAACCGACGGCUGGGACGAGAACACGGCCGCAUCGCCGCAGAGCUAAAGCGCUACGCAAUCGGGAGAGAGGAGCUGGAGACGGAACUUUACUCUCGCUUUGUCGUGGUCCUCAAUGAAAAGAAAGCGAAAAUCCGCAGCCUGCAGGAAAAGCUCAAGGCGCUACAGGAAACAACCUGAACCGAAGUCGGUUUUUCGGGCAGGAGCGACAAGACUGAUCCGGAAAACGACGAGUACGCUGGCAGCACCGAUGAAGACGCCGAAGCUGCGCCAGAUGCCGCUGCGGCAGCGGCUUCUGACGAGGCGAGGCCCAGCUCCCCCACCCCGUUGGACGACAUAACGGACGUGGCGCCCAAUCGGAAGCGGCGUUUCCGCCACCGGGGAGCCCCUGCGGACACGGCCGUCAAGCGACCGCAUGCAAGGAACACCCCACUGGCGGCAACCGAUCCGCAGCCGUCGCUGCCGCUGCGCCGCCCGGAUGAAGAGGAGGACCUCUUUGAGGACUUCUAA